AUCUGUGCGGUCAAAGGUCAGAAAGUAGAACAGAAAUUGUAAACAAUUUACAAACCGGAUUAAAAUCAAUUUUAGCAAGUCACCUAUGCGUAUUUCACAAUUAUUACGAGCCAUGGCGCCCAUUGUGAAAACUUUCGAUUAUUUAGUGAUUGGUGGAGGCUCCGGGGGCCUAGCUAGUGCCAGGAGGGCCGCAGAGUUUGGUGUGAACGCUGCUGUCAUUGAGGAGGCACGAUGGGGAGGAACAUGUGUGAAUGUGGGAUGUGUUCCAAAGAAGAUAAUGUUUAACACAGCAAUGCAUGCAGAAUUUAUACAUAAUCACAAGGAAUAUGGGUUUGAUGUUGAUUUGAAAGGAUUCAGCUGGGGGAAAGUAAAAGAUGCCAGAGAUGCUUAUAUAAAAAGACUGAAUGGAAUCUAUGAAAGCAAUCUAGAAAAGUCAAAGGUUGAGAAGAUAAUUGGGCAUGCAACAUUUACUGAAGAUGGAUGCGUGGAAGUGAAUGGAGAAAAACUGUCAGCCAAACAUAUCCUCAUAGCUACAGGAGGGAGACCUGUUCUUCCUUCUAUACCUGGUGGAGAACAUGCCAUAACAAGUGAUGGUUUCUUUGAUCUUAAAGACCUACCUAAGAAAGUUGUUGUUGUUGGAGCUGGUUACAUUGCUGUAGAAUUAGCAGGUAUUUUCAAUGCUCUAGGGUCGGAUACAUCUAUAUGUAUACGUUAUGAUCAUGUACUACGUACAUUUGACAGUAUGAUUAGUGAAAAAUUGACUGCAGAAUUGGAAAGAUCUGGAAUGAAAGUCUGUCGUAGAACACAGGUUACCAAGGCAACAAAGGAAGCAGACGGAACUUUGACCCUUGACCUUAACACAGGAGAUCAGAUAAAAGGUGUUGAUUGUUUGUUAUGGGCAAUUGGAAGAGUUCCAAAUUCAAACACCAUAGGUCUGGAAAAAGUGGGUAUUGAAACUGACUCCAAGGGAAAUAUUGUUGUGGAUAAAUUUCAAAAUACAUCAGUGGCAAACCAUUAUGCAUUAGGAGAUGUAUGUGGCAGGGCUUUACUGACACCUGUUGCCAUAGCAGCAGGUCGAAAACUAGCACACCGUCUGUUUGAUAACAAAUCAGACUGGAAACUAGACUAUGAUAAUAUACCUACAGUUGUGUUCUCUCAUCCACCUAUAGGAACUGUCGGAUUAACACAAGAGGAGGCAGAAAAGAAGUAUGGAGCUGACAAGAUAAAGAUUUAUGGAUCAACUUUUGUGCCUAUGUACUAUGCUAUGACAGAAAACAAAGUCAGAUGCAGCAUGAAGUUAGUGUGUCUGAAACCAGAAGAAAAGGUGAUUGGGCUACACAUGUUGGGGCAAGGCUGUGAUGAAAUGUUACAAGGAUUUUCUGUCGCUAUCAAAAUGGGAGCAACAAAAGCACAGUUUGACGAAACGGUGGCAAUCCAUCCAACAUCUAGCGAAGAACUUGUUACUAUGAGAUAAUUUUAGAAACACCAUAUCCACUCUCUGGUUGCCAUAGCAACAUCUCUAUCAUUAAAUGUCUCAGUUGGAUAAGCAGUAAAAGUGCUAUUAAUAAAAAGCAAUACAUAUAUACUUGAAAAAAAGGAAGAGUAAAACCCGAUUUAUUUUUAGUUUCAAAAUGAUUGGUAUAAAUAGACAGUCUUCCCUAUUGUGCUAUAUGUAUUUUUUUUUCAACUUUGUUUUUGAGUUCUUGUGAUAAUAAUUGGGCUGUUCCAUGAUAAAACCUGUAUUAGGGACAAAAAUCAAAAUUGAGAUAACAAAAUAUUCAUGAAAAACGUUCUUCAACCUUCAAGUGUGAAAAUUAAUUUUGAAGAAAUUAUCUUCACUAUCACACACACUGCACUAUCACAACACUUACAAAGCUAUAAAUAAAUCACCAAAGGCAUUUAGAAACGUGAGGUUAACAACAUCUUGAAAGCAGUAUGACUUUGUCGUGCAUGGUGUGUAUGUUUCACAUCAUUUGUGUAACAAAGUAUGUGUAUCACUGACUAAACAUCAAGCAUUUGAAUGUUUAAAAACAGUUUGAAAUGAUUUUUCUGAGAAAUAGUUUAACCGUGUAUUUUUGUUACAUCACAGGUCUUUUCUCUAUACACUUACAUAUUCUCAUGGUGCAUGGGUGCUUUAGAAUUUUGUUGCCAUGACAACACUAAUAAUAUUUAUUUGAAAAAUGUGAUAGAAUUUGAUAACUGAAGUACAAUAUACUAGUUUCUAGUUUGUGCAUGACCGUAAGAAAAACAUCAAUUUUCCAAAUAUUUUAAACUAUUUAUUGUGCAAUAAAUAUUUUAAUGUCAUUAAUACAGGUUUUCUCAUGGAAUGGCCGAUAUAUAUUUUACGAUGGCAGCUUUGGUAAUGUGUAUGAGUUUACAAGAUUAAAGAAAACAUAUUCUUAUUUAUGUUUACCAUUGAAUUUAUUAGCAUUUCAAAAUAAUUUAAAAUAUACUCUUCCAUGAUCUCUGUAAAAAUAAAUAUAUUCCAGUCUGGUUGUAGUCAAAUUCGGCAUUUGAUAUGAAUUUGCAAUAUCUUGCUUCAGCAUUAGACAGCUUGAGGUGUUUAUUUACAGUAAUCAAAAUAUUUAUGUUGCUAUGUGCUGUUAUUGCGUGCUUAGUUUCAAUUCUACACAAUUAUUAGCUUAAUAUUCAAGAUAUUUUGUGUGUAUGUAUUAUGUUGAAGUGUUAAAGUAGGUAUAUUGCUUACAAUUUACAUAUGUUUCAUGUGUUUUCUGUUUAGAAUCUACCUCUAUUUACAUAUAUCUAUAUGCAUUACCGUAUGUAAACAGAAGAAAAAGAACAGAACAAAAUAGUCA